AUGCAGCGAAUAUUUAGCAGACUCCUCUCCACGAGAGCAUUUAAAAGACGUCCCACGGGCACCCCCCGAAUAAUAGACAUCUUACCUCAAUCAUCCCUCUCACGAAACACCAUCAUUCAACCGCACCAUGACGUGAGCACAAGUUUCCUUAAUGAACCCACUUUGAUCAUCGAGAGACAAAUAGAAAUGAUGAAUGUUUUUCUUGGGUACGAGCAAGCGAACAAGUAUGUCGUCUUGGAUGUCAUGGGUAAUAGACUCGGAUACAUGAUGGAACGAGAUCUUUCCAUUUGGAAAUCUAUAAUGAGACAAUUUUAUAAAUUACAUCGACCCUUCGUGGUGGAUGUGUUUGAUAAUUGGAAUAGGAAAGUGUUAACCAUUAGAAGACCCUUCUCAUGGAUUAAUUCUCAUAUAAAGGCUUUGUUGCCCAGUCCGGAGGCAGAGACAAGUAUGGAUGAAGACGAAGUAUUGGUUGGUGAAUCUGUACAAAAUUGGCAUCUCUGGAGGAGAAGGUAUGAAUUGUUUGAAAAAUUAAAUAAUGCAAAGAGUAACGAAUUGGAUCAAUUUGGUGAAAUUGAUGCACCAUUCCUAUCCUUUGAUUUCCCCGUCUUGGAUGCUAAGGGGAAAGUGUUAGCCAGUGUGGAUAGAAAUUGGGUUGGAUUGGGACGUGAAUUAUUUACAGAUACAGGUGUGUACAUUGUCAGAUUUGAUUCCCAACAAAGUUUCCAAGGUGUUUACCCACCAGAAAGUAUGAGCAAGGAAGUACUAAAUUUUGAUCAAAGAGCAGUCUUGCUGGCCAAUGCAGUUUCCAUCGAUUUUGAUUACUUCUCAAGACAUUCCAGAACAAGCGGUGGACUAAUUUCAUUUGGUGGAGAUUAUGAAUAA